AAAAUAAAAGUAUACAAGAAGCAUCUGCCAAAAGCGAAAUCGAGGCGCAAAGAAAGUAAUCAUCAAUUUCAUAUACUCGUAGAAUUUUUUUGUUACAUAUAUCUAGGUUUUCAUCCUUUGAGGGUUUUUAGAUAUAUAGAAAAAUGGAACAAUUCAAUCUGGUAGAAGGAAGUGGGUAUUACGAGGCUCAUCAUCAAAGUGGUGGUGAUGUUCAUAGUCAUACGAGAGACGUUGCCAUAAUAAAAAAUGAAUUAAAACAGCAAAUAGGAAACGAUGGAAAGAAAGCAGCAGCAGCAGUUAAUGAAGAAAUCAAUAAAGUUAAGCAGCUCCCUCCAAAUAGCAGCUACGCAACUCAUCGGAUGAGAGUUCUUAACAAAAUUCUCCAGCUUUUAUCCCUUCAGAGGACUACAUCACAAGAUGAGGAGCUAGAGUUGCUUUUUGCAGGGCUUUCAAUCUGAACCUAAUUGUGGUUGCCUGGGUAUUGCUCAUGUAUAAACUAACAAAUCUUGUGGUAUAUCUGGUGAAGUGAAAACGAGGCAUAUGGGUAAAGAUCGCUGGUGAAAGUUCUGUAUCUCUUUAAAACAUGCUAAUAUGUCCAUGUAUAUCAUGAGAUUCUGUCUUUCUGCAUUCUCGGUUUCCUUCUUUAGUUCCUCUCGUUAGCAAAACUAAAAAUGUUCAGGAUGUUGGGUGUAUGGCAUGUGAUGUGAAGUGAUGAUGUAUAUUUGUGACAUACCUUUGGAUUUAUAUCGUGUUACUUGGAAGGUCACGAGUAUGGUAAUGUUUGGUUGUCCUCUAUGGUCAAGAGCUUUUUGUUCCUUCA